UAUCCACCUUGGCCCACUACCAGUCAUUGCCGAUAAUGGUGUAUCUUCCGUCCAUAUAGUACUCAAUGCUUCCGUCAAUCAGACAACAAAAUAUUAUUUAACUAACAAUAACACUUCCCUCCCCGAAAUUUUAGUCCUUGUGGGCUGUGGCGCUGUACUCGCAGGUGCUUAGUUUCAGCGAGACACUUCACUAUUUCGGUCUGUAGUAGUAACUGAUCACCACACCGUGCGAAAUUCUGUUGAUGCCGGUCACGAGCUCAAACGACUAACGAACAACACGACGAUCACUAGGUGUUCGUCCAUUCAAAUCUCACCGUUUAAUUUUUGACCGACACCAAUUCACAUUCACUAUCCAGUCGUAUUCCUGGUUUCGACAUCGUGAGAAAUUGAUUGUUAUAUGUUUUAAAUACAGUCAUUACUAUGAAGAUUAAUUUAUACACCUUUAUAUGUUAAAAUUACGUCUUGUAUCAACACACUUCUUAAAGCAGCCAUAAAGGCAUUAAAAUGUGCCGUGAUUGGGAUAUGAUUAUCUAAUUUUAAUAUUAAUAAUUUGAGUGAUAAAACUGAGUCAAGCUGUUUAAAUUACUGCAGUGGUUUGCAGAAAUUACCAAGAGUUUGAAUUGCAUGAAAAUGAAACUAACUUUUUGUUGUAAUGACACACAUAUGCUUAGUAAGCAGGUUGAAACAAAGUUUGAGAUGUUAUUAGAAGAAUAUAAUUCAGAAAAAAUGAUUUUAAUUGGUUUGCCGUUGGAAAAAUUGCCAUUGAAUUGUGAUGGAUUACCACUUAUUGUAGAAAAUAUAAAUGAUUACAUAAUUGACUAUGGAUUAUAUGAAGAAUGCCUAUUUGAUGAAACAUAUUCUGUUACUGGACGUAAAGCCAAUAUUAUAAGUGCUUAUGAAUUAGUGUCUGGCUCAAAAAAAAGUUGUAAAACAGUAGUAGAUAUUGAUGCAGUAGAUGUUGCAUCAAUACUAGUUAUGUGGCUUUAUUACUUACCAGAACCAUUGAUAUCUUUAAAACAAUUUUCAAUGAUAUGUGAUCUCAAUGUCAAUGAAAAAUACAGUGAAAUAAUAAGUUCUAUGGAUAAUAUAAGCAGACUUACUUUACAAGGAAUAAUGAACAUUGUAGAUUCUUAUGAGAAGCAACAUCCAUCAUAUAAGGAAAAACUUGGAAAACUUUUUUCACUACUUUUAACAAAACACGUUGGUAUUAUUAGUCAAAAUAAUUCAUCACAGUUCUUAAACAAUUUAAAAAUUGUUUUGAUGGAAGCAAAAAUAAAUAAUGAUAAUUCAGAAUAUAAUAUGUUCAACAAAAAGUCUUUAGAAAUCAAAUCAAAUACCAAUCAAAAUGAAAAUGACUUUCAUAAAAAUAAUCUAUGUAAUAAGAAGAAUUUAUUUUGCAGGUCGUUGAAUGAUGAUGGAUUAUAUCUAAAAACUGAUGCGAGUGAUGUUGAAGGAACAGUGAAGAAAUGUUCAACUUUGAUAAAAUCAUGUGGCUGUAACUUGACUGAAUUCAUUUUAGAAGAGGACAUUCAUUAUAACAACUCAUCUAUCAAUGGUUUAUCUGUUGAUAAGAACAAUUUCCAUACUAAACCACUUGAUGAAUAUUCUGAUGAUAAUUUUUAUGAUAGUUCAAUUCCUGUAGUUAAUGAGUUAUACAAUAGCCAAAUUGAUGAUAUGAGAAGUAUGGAAAGGACCAUGCAGAUUCAUUCCAGAAGUACCAGAAAACGAACCAAAAAUAAAUCAAUUAAAAUUCAUGUAGAAAGAGUUUUGAAGUCGGGAUUGUUAUCAAAUGAAGAGAAUUUGCUAUUGAAAAACACAUUAGAACUUAUGAAAAUACUAUCAAAAAUUAAAAGCGUUCGAAAUCAAAUUAACAUUCAAAGGAGAAGUAGAGAAGAUGAAUUUGGUUGUGAAAAUGAUAAGACCAGCAGACGUUUAUCUGAGUUACAUUUUUUAAAUAAUCGCCUUGAGCAAUUAGUCAAUCAGAAAAAUAUUUAUCUAAUAAAAACUCGAUUAUCUUAUGGCAGAUCAUACAACCGUACAGUUUUAAAUCUUAAAAAUGCCCAAAAAGAAGCUUUUAAGUUACAUGAAAAUGAAAAGAAUAACAAGAAUUGUCAAAACAAAAAUUUAGAUAAAUUAAUUUCUGAUAUUUACAAUAUUCAAAUGGUUCUCAAUUAUUUGGAAAAUAAUUGUGGUGGUAAGGAGUUGCCAUGGAGGUCAAGUAAAGGUUGUCCAGGUCACAGAAGAUUGAAAAAAAAACAGUUGAACUGUGUAACUGUUGUAUCUGAUUUGCAAACAAUUAGUGAACACGAAGUUAUGGAAACCAUAGCCCAACCUUUAGUUAUAGCAGUGGAACACGCAUAAGUCUAUAAAAAAGUGUUAGUUGUUAAUUUUUUUUUUUUUACUUAUACACUAUUUUAACAAUAACUACAACUAUGAUUAUUAUUAUUAUAUUUCUAACUAUAAUUAGUAAUAUUAUUUGAGACUUAUUUAUAACUGGUGCCUUUAAAUUAUUUGACUGUUAUAUACUGAUUAGAACUUAAUAGUAAUUAAGAGUUACUAAUAUGUUAUACAUAAUCUGAAAAUAAUUUUGCC